AUGCAAUUCUGGAACUGGUUUCUUCUCGCAACUGCAGUCUUGGCCACUGCAAAGCCCCCCAAGCAGUUGGUCGAUAUUAGCACAUUGCCCGAGUGCAUGCAAUAUUGUAUGCGUCAGGAGAAGAAACACUUCGAUAUUGAUAAAGCACCCAAAAAACGGGUGUGCAAGGAGACCAGUUCCAAAAUCGUCCCAUUCUGGAAAUGGCUCUACAAAAUUGGGCCAUGUGUGCGUAGAGAAUGUGACGAGACGCCAGACGAGACAUCAGAUGCCUUCGAUGCUUGGUAUUACGACCUUUGCGGACAUCACUUCUCGAAAGACAGUAAAGACUAUGACGAUGACUAG